AUGAAGCUUUCCCAAGUAAAUGCGGCCACUGCCACACAUGGCUUUGCGCGGAAUUCCAUCUGGCUUUGGGAUCAAGUCGCUAAAGAGGAAGACGGCAGGGUCGCUGUUACCCUUACCCUUGAGCCCACCGAAGCUAUCAGAUCAAUCUAUGAGCGUCCAUUCCAUCUUACCUUUGAGGUUUCGCUGGGUGAAUAUGACCUUUCCACGGAAUUGCACGUCAAAAACACUGCGACUGCUACGGAUUCUACUCCGAAUUAUCUCGAAUUCCAAGCCCUCUUCCACAAUUACAUUCUCGUUGCCCCAGCUGACGUCGGCGACGUCCGGGUUACCCCCUUGCAAAACCUUACGUAUUUUGACAAGACGGAGGCGACUGACGAAGGAAAGGCCACUGGCAAGAUCGAAAGCAGAGCUGGCGUGGAUGUCAAGAAGUUUACCGAUUCCGUUUACCAAGAUGCUCCACAAAAUUACGAAAUUACGUGGCCAGGCUCUGGCAUCGCCAUCAAAACGACCAAUCUGAAAGAUGUGGUUGUCUGGAAUCCUCAAGCCGAAGCUGGAAGCAAGAUUGGAGAUAUGGAGAAGGGAGGCUGGGAGAAAUUCAUCUGUUGCGAGCCUGGUCACGUCCGGGGCUUUUCCAAGGUGGCUCCCGGAAUGACCUGGUCUGGGAAGCAAGUCAUGUCGGUCAUCCAGCAUGCCAGACGGCAUCAAUUUAUCAAAUUUAAAGCCAAGUUUACUUGCGUCCACUUUUAUGGAUUUCACUCGGCAUACUCUCCCUUCCUCAAAGUCUACAUCAACGAUCCCGCUUUCUAUAAUCGCGCUGUGACCAUCAUGCGUUCCGGAUCAGUUCUUAGAACACACUUCCGGAUAUUUGAAAGCCAUCUCAGCUUCACCUUGCAGUUUAUGGCCGACUUCGGGCUUUAUGGAUGCGGGACAUUAGAACUGAGCCAUGUCCUGCAACGAGAGCAGACCCGGAGCGACGAUGACGAAGAUGUGCCUAGUUUUGACUGGGACCCUUCGCCCUAUGUGAGGCAAACGAAGAUGCCGCUAGAAGUAGAUGCCGCAGGCUGUCAUAUUCUCAAUCGACAUCGCAUCGGCGCUCGAAACAUUCAUCACAAACUUGUGAUCACCGCUCCGGGGCCCCCAACCCUUCCAUCGGAGCCACUGGUGCUGAGUGUUCGCGAGUUGUGGGACGACGAGCGAAAACGCCGAAUCGCCCGGGGGCAAGAUCCGUCUCCUGAGAUGCCCAAAGACCCGAGCGAAUCAUCUCGAAGCGCGCGAAGUGAAUGGGUUGCAGAAGCACGCUGGUGGCAGCAAGUGCACCAACGCAUUGAAGCCGAGCGGUCGCUCGUCCCCACACCACAAACGCAGAACGACUGGGAAAAUUGGGUUAUGACUACGUUCGAGAGCAUCGAAGCACUGUGGGAGGACCCCUGGAGAAUAUGGAAGCCUGUGAUACCCGCUGCCCACGAAGCUGAGGCUCUCGAAGGCGACCCUGAGCCUGAGGAAGACAUCGAUAUCGACGAGUCUUUUUCGGCCGAUCACCUGAGCCAGCUCGUCCAGAAAGAAGCUGAAUGGCAGCGAGAGUUAAACCACGAUAGCCCCCCGCCCGAAGAGCAGGACGGAGAGGAGGAUCUGGGCAGCCUUCUGGAAGAAGAGAGUGAUCCAGACUCUGACGACGACAAAGUGAAGGCGGAAUCAAUGCAUCCACGCGACAGUCCUCCUGAUUUGGAUCACCUCGCCGCAUUCGAAGAUCCGCCCUCUCCCUCGCGCCCGAGCUCGCAGGACGUUGAAGCUCUGCAACUAACGGGAAACAGUCCAGCGCGAUCUCCGUCUUUCGAUGUCACGAGCGAACCGCCACAGAAGAAACGCCGUCUCGAGACCAGCCGGAUGUCUUUCCCGACAGGUCGGAUCGCGGCGCACAAAGCCAUGACGAUCGUCGCGGGAGAAAGCAAAAGGGUCAGCCUGAAUCAGCACAUUUAUUCUCUGCCUGCCCCGUCAGUGCUCGACUUGACGAAUACGCUCGAUACGUUCAACAUAGCCACCAAGCUCUAUCAAAGCCCCUAUUAUUCGAUCGACGCUGACGUGCCAGAUAAGCCUCGCGAAUACGGAGGGUUCAUCUUCCACCUAGCAGGCAGCAGCGAUACAACCGAGUACUUGGACGAAUGGCAGGGGCACCAGCCAGUGGACAACGACUACCGGGAGCCGACGGAUGUGUUUCCAGGGGGGUGGGAGUAUGCGAAGAGCCCGCCCAGUGCUAGACAGGUCAAGAACUGGUUGCUGUCCGAGCGCGGGAAAACAACCGCGAAGAGGCGUGGGAGCGCGCGCUCUCAGAUCGAAGGCCCGACGAUGGCUAACAUCUAUGGAUUGAAGACACUGGCUGUCAAGGGAGAUACUGUUAACUCAGUCCGCGAGAAACAAAGCAUGACCAUCCUCGCUCUAGAGGUGUACGCACCGUCAUUGAAGCAUCCCUCUUCGGAAACAGACGCGAUCGUCGCUGCCUUCUAUGCGUUUCAAGACGGAAAUUCAUCCGUGUCUCGCGGCAUGGUCAUGACUUCGGACCAACAGGAAAAGUUCGCUUCCGAUGUCACUUGCGUAACCGACGAACUGGACCUUCUGAAUCACAUCGUGGACCUUGUGCUGAAGCUGGAUCCGGACAUUCUCACGGGGUGGGAGAUCCAGACGUCCUCAUGGGGCUAUCUGAGCGCUCGCGCUGGUGAACAUGGUCUUGAUAUCAUUGAUCUGCUCAAUCGUGCACCCUCCAAACAGGUCGACAACCAGUCCCAGUGGGAUGUGAGGCAUACAUCGACCUUCAAGAUCGUAGGCCGCCAUGUUCUAAAUCUGUGGCGUGUGAUGCGCGUCGAGAUUACGCUCAAUACGUACUCUUUCGAGAACGUGGUGUUCCAUGUGCUUCACCAGAGAAUUCCUAAAUACAACCCCGCCACGCUGCGGUCUUGGUAUCAGGACUCGGUCUUCGCCCACAGAGCGAAAGUGUUUGCCUACUUCUUGGACAGAACCUUUAUUGUACUGCGUCUGCUGGAUGAGACGGAAGUGAUCACCAAGACCGCGGAAUUUGCCCUCGAAAGCUUCAUGUUCCGCAUAGCGAAACCAGAGAGCUUCGUGCUUCUCUCCCCUAGUAAACAAGACGUUGGACGGCAGAAUGCAGCAGAGGCCAUGCCACUGAUCAUGGAGCCUCAGUCCGCGUUCUACACAAGUCCAACGCUGGUACUCGAUUUCCAGAGCUUGUAUCCGUCUAUUAUGAUUGCCAACAACUAUUGCUAUUCGACUUUUCUUGGUCGUAUCCAAGAGUUCCAAGGGCGCCAGAAAUUUGGGGUGACCGACCUCGAUCUCCGGCCCGGCGUCAUUGAAGAGCUCAAGGAGCACAUCACCGUGAGCCCCACUGGCAUGAUGUUUGUGAAACCGCAAGUGCGGCAGGGCUUGCUGGGGCGGAUGCUCGUUGAGCUUCUGGACACGCGAGUGAUGGUCAAACAGGCCAUGAAAGGGAUCAAAAAUGACAAGGCUCUGAAGCGCGUGCUCGAUGCCAGGCAACUGGGCUUGAAAUUUAUCGCCAAUGUCACUUAUGGGUACACCAGCGCAUCGUUCUCAGGUCGGAUGCCUGCUGUGGAAAUCGCUGAUUGUAUCGUCCAGAGUGGGAGGGAGACCUUGGAGAGGGCAAUCGACACAAUCAAUCGCACAGAAAAGUGGGGGGCACAGGUUGUCUACGGCGAUACCGACUCCGUCUUCGUGUUGAGUGAUUUUUACAAUUACAAUAUGAAUCUCACAUGUUUGAAGAAACUUGCCAGGGAGAACGAAAGAUCAAGCGUUCCGUAUUGCGGUGACGAACGAUCUCGCAGCAAUCCCGUCCCCAUCAAACUCAAGUUUGAAAAGGUCUAUCUCCCAUGUGUAUUGCUCGCGAAGAAACGCUAUGUCGGAUUCAAGUACGAGCAUCCAGACGACGUUGAGCCCGUGUUCGACGCAAAGGGCAUUGAAACGGUCCGGCGCGACGGCGUGUUGGCCCAGAGGAAGAUGACCGAAACCUGUCUCAAAAUGCUGUUUCGCACACAAGAUCUCAGCGAGAUCAAGGAUUACUGCUACCGGUCAUGGGCCAAGCUGCUCGAGGGUAAAGCCUCGGUGGAGGACUUCACAUUCGCCAAAGAAGUACGGAUGGGGACGUAUAGCAACAACGGCCCGCCACCUCCAGGCGUCGCUCUUGCCGCUAAACAAGCCGUCAUCGAAAAUAGAGAACCUCAGUACAGCGAACGGGUCCCCUAUGUCAUCUCCACCGGUCCUCCGGAUUCUCGGCUGGUCGACAGAGUGGUCGCACCGCUCGACAUCCUCCGUAAUCGGCAUCUGCACCUCGACGCCGACUAUUACAUCACACGCGUGCUCAUCCCCCCUCUGGAUCGAAUCCUCAGCCUCACCGGAGCCGACGUCCGCAAAUGGUACAUGGACAUGCCGAGGCCGAAGUCGGUGGACGCACAGUUGCUGUCGCCCAGCAAAGCCAAGGCUGCCCAGAUUGAAGACAACGGAAACAACAUCUACGAGCACUUUUACAAUUCGGUCUGCGUUGCCUGUGAAGCCCCCGCAUAUGAAGGUCCGUCCGGCGCUGCUGUAUCCCGGAUUCAGGACGAAAUAAUCUUUUCAGAGUUAUGCUCGGAAUGUUCGGUCGACCCCCAAAGAGCACUGCCCGGCAUUCUGUUCAAGAUUCGCAAGGGCGAGAAACGAGUUUUAGAAGCACAUCAGGUCUGUGGGUCAUGCUCAAACUCCCCAGCAGGCGAUCCCAUCGAGUGCGAGUCACUGGAUUGCUCCUGGAUGUACAGACGAACGAAAGCGGUUCACAAGUUGGAUUUCCUAGAGAAUCUGGCCAGGUUACUCGAAGCUGACAUAUAA